AUGAACACCGAAUUCUACGGCAUCAGCCAGAGCGACUGGACUCGCAUCAAGGCAUGGAAUGCGCACUGUCCCGAGGCUAUCGACUAUACUCUCCAUGAUCUCAUCCAUCUCCGGACGCAAUUCCAACCCACGUUGCCCGCCAUCCAGGCCUGGGAUGGCCGGCUCACGUAUGCCGCGCUGGACACCGUCACUACGCGCCUGGCGCACUGGCUGGGGGCACAGGGGGUCCAGCCUGGCUCACGCGUGCCCAUCGCUUUCAUCAAGUCUUCGUGGGCGGUCGUCGCGAUGAUCGCCGUCAUGAAGGCUGGCGGCGCCUUCCUUCCGCUCGACUGGUCCCAGCCUGCCAGUCGCACGCUGGAGGUCCUGGACCAGGUCCAGCCCACGGUGCUGUUAGCUUCGACCUCGCUUCUCGACCGCCUCUCAGGUAUGCGGUUGCAGACGCGACUGGUCGCGGUGGAUCAGAGUCUGGUGGAUUCCCUGCCUAUCGACGACCGUCCAUUGGAGCGGUUCGUCUCGCCGACCGAUCCGGCUCUUUGCAUGUACACAUCGGGCAGCACAGGCCGACCCACUGGGGUCCUGAUCCAACACAGGGCCAUCGCAACGGUGAGUGUGAGGGUUGGCCCGAGCUAUCAGUAUGGGCCCCAGUCGCGCGUGGCGCAGUUUGCCGCCUACAUUUGGCUGGUGUGCGCCAACGAGAUCUUCACGACCUUGGUCUGGGGCGGGCAGGUUUGCAUCCCCUCGGAAUCCCAGCGACUCGAUGACCCUACUGGUUUCAUUCGCGAUCACGGAAUCUCCCUAAUCCAUGCCACCCCUGCUUUUCUGACCUCCAUCCAGCCCGAGGAUGUUCCCUCGGUGCAGGUCAUUGGAAUCGGCGGCGAUCGGGUCCCCGAGGAAUUGGCGAGGAAGUGGUCCCAGUUCGCACACGUGGUUCUGGGUUAUGGGUCUACAGAAACGAACCUGUGUAUCAACCAUCCCUAUCGUCAGAUGGAGGAGGAGGAGGAGGAGAAGAAGGAGGAGAGAGUGGCGGGUCCUCUGGCGGGGAAGCCCGUUGGCGCAGUGGCAUGGAUAGUGAAGGCUGGGAACCACGAGGAAUUGUGUCCCAUUGGCGAAAUCGGCGAUCUGGUGAUCGAGAGCCACGGGCUUGCACUGCAGUAUCUUGGUCAAGAAUCGAAGACGGCCGACACUUUCAUCCCUCCUCCGGCCUGGAGUCGAACAAUCCGCCCACGUGGAGACACGCGAUGGUGCAAAAUAGGAGAUAAAGCCUCGUACGGCACCGACGGCUCGAUUAGGAUCCACGGCCGAAAUGGCAGUGUUGUGAAGGUUCGGGGCCAGCGCGUGGGAUUGCCUGAGGUCCAGCGCGCCUUGGAGAAAUGCCUAUCCCUGCCCAGUGUCGGGAUCGUAGAGGCCAUCAAGCUCAAAGCAGUCGACGGGGAGGAGGCUCGACUGGUGGCUUUCCUCUUGACUCCCGGCACAAACUUGGAUGCAAUAAGUUCAGGACUGAAAGACCGUCUUUCCUCACUUCUUCCGGAGUACAUGCUACCCACUGCAUUUCUCCCCCUCGCUGAAAUCCCAAUGACAGCGAGUGGGAAGAUUGACCGACCGCGACUACAUGAGCUCGCUUCCUCCCUGAGCGUUGCAGACCUGGCAACCUGGGCCCCGCGCAGUCACGAAACCAGUGAGCCAACCUCGGUAAAGCUGACUGCUGAGGAGCUGCUUCUGCGAGAGAUGUGGUCGAAGAUCCUCAAUGUACCGGCCAACCGCAUUUCAGCCCAUGACGAGUUCUUCAGUUUAGGCGGGCACUCCUUGUCGGCGAUCCAGCUGGUGACUCUCGCACGACGUGCAGGAGUGAGCCUGUCGGUAGAAGGAAUAUUCAAGAACCCUCAUCUUUCCAGCAUGGCUCUGGUAACCAAACCCAUGUCUACAGACGAGACAGCUACCGAACAGAUUUUGCCUUUUGCUUUGCUUGAGGGAACUCCUUUACUGAAGGAGCGUAUCAUAGAUGAGAUCAUCUCCACCACAUCCAUCUCAUUGUCUGACAUCGAAGAUAUAUACCCUUGUACCAGCCUACAAGCGGGUCUCUUCUCGUCAUCUUUGAGGAAUCCAGGCACCUAUAUAAUCUCAUCCAGGAUGUCCCUGCCGGACACCAUUGAUUUAGAGCGACUCGAGAGGGCAUGGCGGAUGGUGGUCCUCAAGACGCCUAUUCUUCGAACUCGGCUGGCUCACACUUCAGCGGGAUUUGUCCAAGUCGUGCUCAAAAAUGAUUUUGACUGGCAAAUGAUGGCCAUCCCAAGAUCCCCGACAUCUGAAGAGGAGAAUCCGCAUGAGCUUCAUUCGGGUGAGCGGCUCACCCAGUAUCGUGUGACAAGGCAACACGAUACCGAGCCAAGGCUCUUUACGUGGGAGAUCCACCAUGCGCUGAUCGACGCCUGGUCGCAGCAAGCGGUUCUGCGGAUGGUAGAAGCAGAAUAUCGCAACCAUCCAGCGACCCGUGAGACUUGCCAUGGCCAUUUCAGCUCUUUCAUCAAGUAUGUCCUCCAGAAGGAGAGGGACGUGGGCACCGCCCAGUACUGGAGACACCAACUGGCUGGAGCUGCAGCUUUGCCCUGGCCUCCUCUUCCAUACCCGAGAUACCAACCUAUUGGAGACUCAAUCAUCCGCCGAAGGAUCUCCUUUGCUCCUCGAGCAAAGGGGUCCUCAUUCACAACGGCAACUGCAAUACGCGCAGCGUGGGCAUUACUGUUGACCCAGUACGGAAACACCAACGAUGUGAUCUUUGGGGCCACAGUGAGCGGGCGAGAGUCCCCAGUGCCCCAUAUCGAGGAUAUCAUCGGGCCAACCAUUGCGACCUCGCCGAUACGGUUGCAGAUUGAUCGAUCCCAGCCCGUUCACACGUUUCUUCAAAUCGUCCAAGCUCACGCGGUGGAUAUGAUGCCAUUUGAGAGUUUUGGACUGCACAAUAUCCGCCGCCUGGACCCGGAGAUUGCGCACGCCUGCGAUUUCCAAACUCUACUAGUCAUUCGUUCCUCCAAUGAGGGGGAGGAGCAGGAGCUAUUGGGGGAGCAGUUCCAGGUCGAGGCGUGGGAUGGGUCCCUGACAUACGCUCUAACCCUGGAAUGUGCCUUGCUGGAGGACGGUGGGGCUUCGUGUCAAGCCACCUUUGACCAGCAAGUCCUUCUACCGGCCCAGAUCGACCUUAUCAUAGGCCAGCUAGAGCACGUAUGUCGUUUGCUUGGCUCCGAGAGUAGCAGCGAGACUUGCAUCCAUGACCUGGAUCUGUUGAGCCAAUCCGAUCGGGCGUUGAUUUGGGGUUGGAACUCGACCCUGCCGCCGACCAUCAACCGAUGCAUCCAUGAUGUCUUCCGGGACGAGGUGGAGCGCCAUCCGGAUGCGGUGGCUAUUGAUGCAUGGGAUGGAUCCUUGACCUACAGGCAGUUGGAUGAGCUCGCGACCAGCCUGGCUCAUCUCUUGCAAGGCUCCGAGGGCAUCGCAGUGGAGGACAUCGUGCCAGUCUGCUUUCGCAAGUCGAAAUGGACCAUCGUGGCCAUGCUGGCCCUGUGGAAGGCCGGAGGAGCCUUCGCCUCCAUUGACGCCGGUCACCCCGCGUCCUGGAUUAGAAUGAUCAGCAACAAUGUCCAGGCCAAGCUAGCCCUAUGCUCCCAGGAGGUUGCGCAGUCUUUUCCAGAGGGCACGCGUGUUCUGGUCGUCGAUGAGGCGCUCCUAGACCGCAUUCCGCAGGUUCAGAGCCCACUCACCGUAAGUGUUCAGCCUGAGAACGUGGCGUAUGUGAUCCACACCUCAGGGAGCACGGGGGUACCCAAGGGCAUUGUACACGAGCAUCGCACCUACAUCUCGGGCGUGGUGAACCGGAUGCCCUCCAUGUUUCGCAGCCGCCACUCGCGCGCCCUGCAGUUUGCAUCCUACAGCUUUGACGUUUCUGUCGAGGAUAUUUGGACGACCCUGCUGGUGGGUGGAGUUGUUUGCGUGCCCUCCGAUCACGAUCGUGUCAAUGACCUGGUCAAUUACAUGAAUCGCACUCAAGUCAACUACGCCGAACUGACCCCAUCUUUCACCCGAACACUAUCCCCAGACUCUCUACCGCAUCUGAAAAUCCUCUCUCUGAGCGGGGAAGCCUCCACAGACGUGGACCGCGAUCUCUGGGUAUCUCAUGUUACCCUGCUAGACGAAUAUGGUCCUGCUGAGAUUGCCAUCAAGAGCCACCUCAAACAGAAGCAGCCUGAUUCCAUGGCGUCCGACAAAGGACAUAGCGUGGCGUGCCUCAGCUGGAUCGUUAACAUCGGAGAUCAUCACAAGCUACAGAUGGCUGGGGCUGUCGGGGAGCUGGUACUUGAGGGGCCCAUCCUCUCGCGGGGGUAUCUCAACCAGCCCACCAAGACCCGCGAGGUGUACAUUGACAACCCGGCGUGGCUGCCGGCCUCGCGAUACGGCCCUCGACGACUGUUCCGGACCGGAGAUCUCGCGCGAUAUAAUCCCGAUGGGACGGUCCAUAUUCUCGGGCGCAAGGAUACCCAAGUCAAGCUCCGGGGCCAUCGGAUCGAGCUCAGCCAGGUAGAGUACCAUGCGCGCCAACAGCUGCCACCGCAUGUCGAAGUCGUCUGUGAGCUUGUCACGCUGGAAAGCGGCAGCAAAAAUGGUAAUAUUGUCCUCUUCGUCUGCAGUGACCCAGCCCAUGGUGCAUUGAGCCGGGAGACUGUCAUGUCAUUUGUCGACGCGCUGCGAGAUCCCCUGAGCGCCGCCCUCCCUACCUACAUGGUUCCAUCCGCACUGGUGGCGUUGGAUGUCCUGCCCGUCAACAUGUCCAGGAAAGUGGACCGGAUGAAGUUGAAGUCCAUUGCAGGGACGAUGCCUACGGAACGGAUCUUUUACUUCUCGUCGACCACAUCCCAGUCAAAGCGAGAGCCUCAAACCGCCAGCGAGCGUCAGCUGCAGGCUCUUUGGGCCCAGGUGUUCGAGACCAAUUCCUCCACCAUCAGCGCAGAAGAUAGCUUCCUCGAACGCGGUGGAGAUUCAAUCCUGGCCAUCAAGCUGGUCUCGCUGGCUGGUCGAGCGCCGGAUGCCCCAAAGCUCACAGUGCGUCAGAUCUUCCAAUAUCCGGUUCUAUGUGACCUGGCUGCCGCGAUGGAUGAUCAGCCGACAACCGCUGUUGCAGCCCCGCCGGCAUCAUCGGUUCCUUUUGACUGUUUGGCGCGGGAGACCAUUACGGUGAUCAAGGAGGAGGUAGCGCAGGUCUGCUCCGUGCUGCCGGAGAAGAUUGACGAUAUAUAUCCUUGCAGCCCCUUGCAAGAAGGUUUGAUGGCGCUGUCAGAAAAGAACCCGGGAACAUAUGUUUCACGGCUGGUGUUCGACGUGCGCCCCGACGUCAAUCUUGAUAAGUUUCAACACGCAUGGUCACAAGUCUAUGCUCGUACGGCUACCCUACGUACCCGUAUCGUGCAAUUAGAGAAUCAAAUGCUCCAAGUGGUAGUCCGAGGCUCGUUGGCGUGGGAUUCUGCAGGUACUGUGGAAGAAUUCUUGAACCGCACGUCCGACCUGACCAUGGGGUCGGGUCAUCCUCUGUUUCAAUGUGGAAUCGUACAUCGACUCGAUAGCAGCCCAUGUCUCGUUCUUGUCGCGCAUCACGCCAUUUAUGACGGGUGGUCGAUGCCUCUCUUGCUUGACCAGGUUACCCAGGCGUAUAAUGACGAGCCCCCGUGGGAUCAGUCCGUGCCGGAAUUUAAGCAAUUUAUCAAGUACCUGGGGACGAUCGACCGAGAUCAGCAUGCGGCCUACUGGAGGGACCAGCUUCAAGGAGCGGCGCAGUCAACUAGCUACCCUCCUUGCCCUAAAGCAGACUAUGUUCCACUACCCGACCAGACGAUUGUGCGCGAGAUGGAUCUUCCGUCUGGACCCGGAGGGGAGAUCACCACCCUGCCUACUUUGCUGCGUGCAGCGUGGGUGCUGUUGGCAGCCAGACAGACUGACUCGCAGGAUGUGGUCUUUGGAGCCACGCUCAGUGGCCGGAAUGCCCCCGUGCCGCAGAUUAAUGCAAUGGUCGGACCAGUCUUUGCCACGGUGCCGAUUCGAGUGCGUCUAUCUCUCGCCUGGACGGUGCACUACUUCAUCCGACGGGCGCAUGGCCAGGCCCUGGAAAUGAUGGAGUUCGAACAUCUGGGGUUACCUGAUAUCCAGAGGAUCAACGCCGACACCCGUGCAGCCUGCAACUUCGGCACUCUUCUGGUGAUGCAGACCCCGACAGCACACGUUGACGGCGAUACACCACGCCUGCUGAGCCAGCGAGAGGACCAGCGUCUGCGCGGCGAUUACUCGGCCUUCAAUCCGUACCCAGCUAUGCUUCAGUUCUUCCCCCUGGCCAAAGAUCGACUGGCCAUGAACCUGAACUUUGACUCGCGGAUACUGACUCCGGACGAAGCACAACGCGCACUGGACCAGCUUGCGCAUAUUAUUGUUUGCUUCUGCACCACGACCAUCCUCAGGUGGAAUGCAAACGGUAUUGCCCCUGCGAUGGUUGCUGGAUGCGUCCACGACUACAUAGAAGCCCGAAGUCAGAGGCACCCCGACAAGAUUGCUAUUGAGGCUUGGGACGGCGUGCUUUCGUACGGCGAUUUAAGUCACCUCUCCGGGAUCGUGGCACAACAGCUUCUCGCGUCCGGGGUAACGGCGGAGGACAUAAUCCCCGUCUGCUUCGAGAAAUCCCAGUACACGGCAGUGGCCAUGCUGGGGGUUCUCAAGGCCGGGGCAGCCUUCAGUCUCCUGGACCCCGGACAUCCAAUCGAACGGCUGCGACGGAUUGCAGAUGAGGCCCAUGUCAAGAUCAUCGUCACCUCCGUCGACUGUGCCCGGCUGUUCGUGAACGAUGGCUCGGGCCGGGUGGUCAUCACGGUCUCUCGUGAGACCGCGCAUCUCGCCCAGACCAUACAACGGUUGCGACAGCCACUCGUCGUGUCUGACCCGACCCAUCUGGCAUGCCUGGUGUUCACAUCAGGCAGUACCGGCACGCCGAAGGGCAUCAUGCUGCAGCACGCGGCGAUCUGCACGAGCGCCCUGACUCACGGGCCGGCGCUGGGCCUGGACGAGAAUUCGCGAGUUUUGCAGUUCGCAUCGCACGCGUUCGACAUGGCGGUCUACGACUUCUGUACCACAUUGAUCCUCGGUGGCUGCGUCUGCAUCCCCUCCGACAUGGACAGGAUGAACCACGUGAACCACGCAAUCGCCAGCCUGGCGGCCAACUGGGCCUUCUUCACCCCGUCGACAGCUACCCUGCUGAUACCGGACGAGGUCCCCUCGCUGCGCACCCUGGUCCUGGGAGGGGAGUCCGUGACCCAAGAAAUUCUCGAUACCUGGGUCAGCCGGGUCAAUGUUUAUCAGUGCUCCGGCCCCGCCGAAACGACCACCUGCAUCGGGGGCAAAAUGCAGCCAGGCAGCGCGAAGAACUGUCUGGGCAAGGGCCUGGGCGCGUUGUCCUGGGUGGUCGACCCGGCAAAUCAUGACAUCCUCCUCCCGAUAGGUCUCGUCGGCGAGAUGGUCCUGGAGGGCCCGGUGCUCGCGCGAGGCUACCUUAAUAGCCAUGACCAAACCAGCGCGCAAUUCUUCACGAACCCGGCUUGGGCGAGGGGGCAAGGGCCCUCUUCCACCAAACCACGCCGAUUCUACAAGACAGGUGACCUGGUCAGGUACGGUGCCGAUGGGAGUCUCUUGUUCAUGGGUCGCAAGGAUACCCAGGUCAAGAUACGGGGCCAACGGGUCGAGGUGAACGAGAUUGAAGACUGUAUUCGAUCCCAUAGCCGAGGCUGGGAGGUGGCCGUCGACGUUGUUGAAUCCGGCCACCCGGGCCAAAGCAGGAAGCUCGCCGCAUUUCUGGUCCACCACCCCGGCCAGCAUCCUGCUUCUGGGCACGAAGACUCAGACUCGGCCUUGUUGGUUGCGGAACCCGGCCCAGACUGGAAUUCUGCGGUGUGUGCGCUGGCGCAGCAUCUGUCUGCUCAGCUGCCCAGUUAUAUGAUUCCGGCCGCCUUCGUCCCGCUGAGACACCUGCCAUCGAGCACCUCGGGUAAAGUCGAUCGCAAGGCCCUCCGGGCGUUGGGACUUUCUCUCAGUCCAGAGCAGCUGGGAGCCAUGGCGGCGGCCGAUGAGGUGGCGGAGAUCGUCGUGCCCAGCACCCCCGCAGAGCUCAAAAUGCGGGAUCUGUGGGCGACGGUGUUGCACCUCGACGGGUCCGCAAUUGCCGCCAGCGAUAACUUCUUCGCUUUGGGUGGCGACUCACUUCUGGCUAUGAGGCUUGUGGCAUCCGGCCGUCGGUUCGGUAUCACCCUGACUGUGGCCGGGAUAUUCAACGCUCCUGUUCUCCAGGACAUGGCCAAGUCUGUCCAGAUACAACCGGUCCGUGACGACGAGGAGGACGAGCAGGAGGAGGACGGAGUUCGCGCCGCAAAUGCAGUGGCGUUUGAGUGCAUAGCACAUCUUGGGCCGUUGGAUGAACUCAUAUCCGAAGUAGCGGAUGCAUGUGGGCGAGGAAAAAACAUUGUCGACAUUCUACCAUGCACGCCGUUGCAGGCCGGGUUAAUGGCACUUUCCGUGCGCAAGACCGGUUCGUACAUCGCGCAGGAGGUGUACCGCAUCCAACCCGGUGUUGACAUCCCACGGUUUCAAAAGGCCUGUGAAGCGGCGGUGGAGGCAUACCCGAUUCUCCGGACUUCCAUCGUCCAACUCUCCUCUUCCUCUGACAUGAUUCAAGUGGUAUAUCAAGAAGGCAUUACUUGGCAGGCGCCCGCGGUGGCCUUGGACGACUACCUGGUCUUUGACCAACAAUCCUCCAUCGGUCUCGGGGACCCGUUGACUCGUUGGGCCAUUUGCUGCAGCCAGAAUGGACACGCUUACUUUGUCUGGACGAAGCACCACUCCUCCUACGAUGGGUUCUCUGCCCCGCUGGUUCUUCGACACAUCGAGCAUGCGUACGCCGACCUGGACUCGCCGAAGGCCUCCCAGCCGAGCCCCGUGUCUUUUGCCACCUUUAUCAAGCAUCUCCAGAGCCAGCCGGUCGGCGAGCAACGGGAUUACUGGCGCUCAUAUCUGGAAAAUGCGAGCGUUGGCAGUUUUCCUGGUGCGACUUCGACUCUCGCUGAUUUGGCCCACCCCACGCAGACCGUCAGUCACCAGAUCCAGGGCUGUGUCCCUUCGGCGCCGCUGUCAAUCACCUUUUCGAACCUGGUGCAGGCCGCGUGGGCUCUGGUUUUGUCGAAACACACCGGAUCCAGCGACGUGGUGUUUGGGGCGACAGUGUCGGGACGCAAUGUGGCUCUCCCAGGGGUGGAAUCUGUUGUGGGACCAACCUUCACCACCGUCCCUGUUCGGCUCUCCCUCGACCCCCCGGGUAUGCCGGUGGCGAAGUAUCUGUCGCGAGUGCAAUCUGAGGCCGCGCGGAUGAUUCCGUUUCAACACUUUGGUUUGCAGAAUAUCAAACACCUCGGCGAGGACAUCGCCCGUCUCUGCGACUUCGACUGUCUCCUCGUGAUUCAACCGCAUCGUCAGGUAUCGGAGAAUUCCCUGCUGGUGAUUGAGCGACUUGAGGGAUCUGGCACCUUCCGAACCACCCCUCUGACGGUUCUCGUCGAUGUCCAGGAGGGCGGGGCGGCCUUGGUCACCGCGCAUUUUGAUGCCGCGUGGUUCGACCACGAGCUGGUCGAGAGGAUGCUGCACCAGCUGGGUCAGGUCCUCGAUCGACUCAUUCACGCCGCGCCGGAGACUACGGUAGCCGAUAUCGAAGUCAUCACCGAUCAGGAGCUGGACCAGAUCUGGGAAUGGAACCACCUCGUGCCCCCCGCAACCACUCAGUGCAUCCAUGACACCAUCCAAGAACAGAUCACGGCACGGCCUGCUGCCUUCGCGGUGGAAGGUUGGGAUGGCCGCCUGAGUUAUGCCCUUCUCGACGAAUAUUCAGGCAAGGUUGCCGAUUACCUGGUGGAGUCCGGUAUAUCGCGGGGAUCAUACGUGCCCCUGCUGUUCGAGAAAUCGGUGUGGGCGAUCGUGGCCGUGCUGGCCGUCUUGAGGGCCGGCGCGGCAUUUGUGCCAAUCGACCCCUCCCAUCCACGACAUCGAGUCAAGUUCCUACUCCGACAGACUGAGUCACGCCUUGUUCUAGCCUCGCCGCAUUGCGGGUCAAUUUGCGCCGAGCUGGAGGAAGGCUACUUCAUCGUGAGUCCGGACGUCAUCGCGGAGCUGGAGCGGCGCGGUGAGUGGGAGCACAUGCCGCGAGAUGCCUCGAGUCCGGCCUACAUCAGCUUCACGUCCGGGUCGACCGGCGAGCCCAAAGGCGCGGUGAUCUCACACUCCGCCUACAGCUCCGGGGCGGCGGGUCAUAUUCCCGCGAUCGCCAUCGAUCACCAGUCCCGGGUCCUGCAGUUUGCCUCCUUCUCGUUCGAUACUUGCUUCGAGGACAUUCUCACGACCUUGAUUGUGGGCGGAUGUAUCUGCAUGCCGUCGGAGAUGGAGCGCACCAACGACCUGCCUGGGUGCAUCAAUCGCUACGGCGUCAAUUGGGCGCACCUGACGCCAUCGGUCGCCAGUCUGCUUGAUCCUGCGAGCGUGCCAGGACUCCGCGUGCUGCUGCUGGGUGGGGAGGCGAUGUCCGGCCAACAUGUGCAGCAAUGGGCCCGCACGGUGCGGUUAAUCAACGUGUAUGGGCCGAGUGAACUGUGCGUCACCUGCGCCGUCAACCCCACUGUGGAUGAAUCGAUGCCGACCAAGAUCGGUCACACUGUCGGCGGCGUCCCGUGGAUCGUCGACCCCGAUGACCCGCAGAAACUGGCUCCUGUCGGCGCCAUUGGGGAGUUGGUGUUUGAAGGACCCAUCCUCGCCCAGGGCUAUCUGCGCAACCCUCUGCAGACCGACCGGGUCUUCCUCCCUGCCCCACGCUGGCUGCAACGUGGUUCUCGGUCGACAGCGGGUCGGACGGGUUGUCGCGUCUAUCGCACGGGGGAUCUCGUUCGGUACGACCGCGAUGGCAGUCUGAUCUUCCACGGCAGACGAGACGCCCAGGUAAAGCUGCAUGGUCAACGCAUUGAACUAGGGGAGAUUGAGUGGCAGAUCAAAAGGGGAUGCCUGGAGUCCGGCGAUGUCCGGGACGUGGUCGUCCAACUGGCAACCAUCGCCCAGUCUUCUUGUCUGACGGCCUUUCUCUCUUUGACGGAUGCGCCACAGGGCCAGACGAUCCGGCUCUUGCAGACCCCUUCGUUCCUGGCCCUCGCCUCACGCAUCCAUGAUUAUUUGACCCGGGUUCUUCCAUACUUCAUGGUUCCAUCAGUCUACGUCCCCCUUGACACGAUGCCGCUCACACGAUCGCGAAAACUUGACCGCAUGCAUCUGCAAAAGAUUGUCUCCGCGAUCCCUCCGGAGCAACUCGUGCGACGGUCUACGCUGGACCAGAACGCCGACAUCGCGCCCCGGACGGCGCUGGAGAUGACAGUGCAAGAGAUCUGGUGCCGCGUGCUCAAUCGCGAAGCGGCUGACGUCGCGCUGGGAACCUCCUUCUGGUCGUUGGGCGGGGACUCAAUCUCCGCGCUGCGGGUCCUAUCCUUCCUCCGUGCGCAGGGAAUCCAGGUGACGGUCCAGAGCAUCAUGCAGUACAAUACCCUUGGCUCAUUCUGUGCGCUUCUGGAGGACAUUGAGAGCAGCGAGGUCCCGUCUUCGAGCGUUUCUGACCCGGGUACGAGUGCCACCACCGCGGACACGAGUGUGUCCGGGGAUGCAACGACGGCCGCAGCUGAAGAGAAUUGGUUCCUGCUCUCGCCGAUCCAAGCGCGGUUCUUCGAGCUGUAUCCCGAUGGAAAUUCAUCGUACCAGCUCAGCCACACGCUCACGCUUCGAAGAACUCUGGACAUGGCGGAACUUCGCAAUGCGGUCGAAGCUCUUGUCCAGCGCCACCCAAUGCUACGAGCAAGGUUCACCCAGGACGACCAUGGUCGCUGGUGGCAAUGGGUCUCCCGGGACGUGUCCCAAUCACAUAUGCUGUGGGGCUACCAAGAUGAGGCCGAUAGUCAGGAUUUGCUGAGAGCCAUGAUUCGCCGCACGCAUUCCAGCAUCAAUAUCACCACAGGACCGAUCCUGGCCGGGGAGCUGGUUACCACCCCUAACGGACAGGUUCUGCACCUGACCGCCCACCAUCUAGCGUUGGACCUCGUUUCCUGGCGCAUCUUGCUGGAAGACCUCGAGACUCUGCUCCAUCCGGGCGGGAUGCUCUGUCGCGAUGCCCCUACUGCAUCAUAUCAAGCGUGGUGCGAAGCCUUGGCCGGCGCCGCCUACGCAAGGAGCGGGGCCUGCCCCAACGAUCCCGACGACGGUCUGCCCCCGUUCGCAUUGAUCCCCACCCCGUUCGCAUUCUGGGGUACCACGCCGCAAGCAACGUCUGACGGUGCCUCCUCCAACACGCAGACCGUAUCCCUGAACCCCGCGGCCACCGCGCGCCUUCUCGCGCAUGCUCCCCCGCCGGGUCACGGCAACCGCCCCCGGCCCGACCUCACUUUACUCGCAAUCCUGCAGCAUGCCUUCCUCGAGGUCUUCCCCGAGCGCACGGGCACUGCUCCGACGGCCGUCAACGUCUCGCACGGCCGCGACCUCUGUCUCGGGGACCGCGGCCUCGACGUCUCGCGCACCGUCGGUUGGUUCACGACCAUGUACCCGACCCAAGGCUCCCCCAUCGCGUUCCGCACCGUCCAGCAAGCGAUCCACGCCUUCACCGAGCUCAACGCCGAGAGCCACCGGCUGGCUCUACCAUUCUUCGUCGCCCGCCACCUCCGAUCGUCCCUGCAAGGGACGGAGCUUCCGGAGCAGCAGGAGCAUCCUGGGAACGAGGAGGGGCAGAGCGAGGAACAAGGGAGAAUAGAUAUCCCAGAAAUCAUGUUCAACUACGCGGGCGUCUAUCAGCAGCUGGAACGGCCGGAUGCAUUAUUUGCGUUGAGGCGGGAUACUGAGGACAAUUCGCCAGAGGAGAUGCAUAGCGAGAUGGCGCAAAUGAAGAUGCGGCAUGCCGCGGUGUUUGAGAUCGUGGCGCGGGUCCGCCAGGGUCACCUGCAGGUUGGGUUCUCCUACGGACUGGGGAUGAAGCAUCAGGCCAGGAUCAGGGAGUGGAUUCGGCGGUUCGAAGUGGAGUGUGGGGUUUUAGGUGGUUCUUGA